ACCAUCUAAUUUCCAGCUUACUGCGAGGUUUGUUCUCUCAGGACGCAAACGGACUAUUCCGGACAGGACUUGAAGGACUUUCCAUUCGUCGUCUCUUCCCGAGAGUGUCGGGCGCAAUGUGGUGGAUGUUGUUCCCGCGGUGGAUUUGGUUUCUUCUGUCCACCUUCCUGCUGUCCACGGGAGCCAUGCCGAUGUCCGUGGCCAAAGUGGUUUAUUCCCACGCAGGUCUGUGCCCCAAUGAGCUCAACCCCAACCUGUGGGUGGAUGCUAUGAGCACCUGCAUCAGGGAGUGUGAGUCUGACCAGGACUGCGAGACCUUCGAGAAGUGCUGCCCCAACGUGUGCGGCAACAAGAGCUGUGUGGCUGCACGCUACAUAGACAUCAAGGGCAACAAGGGGCCGAUCGGCAUGCCCAAAGGCGCCACCUGUGACAAGUUCAUGUGCUCCCAGCAGGGCUCCGAGUGCGACAUCUGGGACGGGCAGCCCGUGUGUAAGUGCCGGGACCGCUGCGAGCGAGAACCUCACUUCACGUGUGCUUCUGACGGAAUGACUUACUAUAACAAGUGUUACAUGGAUGCCGAGGCGUGCUCCAAGGGUAUCUCUAUCUCUGAGGUCACCUGCAGGUACCACCUGACCUGGCCAAACACCAGUCCAAUCCCUGCGGAAACCACCCUCCAUCCAACCACGGCUCUACAGACCACCCUGCCGGCUGACAUCCACCCUCCCACCAUCCACAGCGGCCCCACCCAGCAGGCUGUUUUUGUGGGCGAGACGGCCAGCUUCCUGUGCGAGGUCUCCGGGAAGCCUCCUCCGGAAAUCACCUGGGAGAAACAACUGAAGGGCAAAGACAACGUGGUCAUGAGACCGAACCACGUGCGGGGGAACGUCGUGGUCACCAACAUCGGCCAGCUGGUCAUAUACAACUCGCAGCUCCAGGAUGCUGGGAUCUAUACGUGCACGGCUAAAAACGUGGGAGGAAGUGUGUCGUCGCACUUUCCUUUAGCGGUGAUCAUGAGAGAGGCUAAGGGGAAGGACGGAGGGGGCAAUAACACUCAUCUGCCCUUCCCACCUGCAGAGUGCUUGAAAGGUCCAGACACGGACGACUGCGGCGAAGAGAGCAUGAGCUGGUACUACGAAUCGAGCAGGAACAACUGCUUCACCUUCACCUACAGCCAGUGCAAUAAGAACCGGAACCACUUCGACUCCUACGAUGUCUGCAUGCUAUCGUGUGGAGGAGAGCUGGCGGCUCCUUGCAGCCUACCCAGUCUCCAAGGCCCAUGCAAGGCCUACGAGCAGCGCUGGGCCUACAGCAACGCCCUCAAAAAGUGCCAGUCCUUUGUCUACGGCGGAUGCGGCGGCAACGAGAACAACUUCGAGUCCAAAGAGGCCUGCGAAGGAAUGUGCCCCUUUCCCAGGAACCACAAUUGCAAGGCCUGCAAGCCUCGGGGGAAAAUGGUGACAAGCUUCUGCAAGAGUGACUUCGUCAUCCUGGGACGGGUCACGGAGCUGACCGAGGAGCAAGAGUCCGGUCACGCUCUGGUGACGGUGGAGGAGAUCCUGAAGGACGAGAAGAUGGGUCUCAAGUUCUUUGGGAAAGAACCCUUGGAGGUGACUCUGCUAAACAUGGAUUGGAACUGUCCCUGCCCCAAUAUCACCAUGGCCGAGAACCCGCUCAUCAUCAUGGGCGAAGUUCACAACGGGAUGGCGGUCCUGCAGCCAGACAGCUUCGUUAGCUCCACCGGCGCACGUAAGGUCAGGAAACUUCGCGAGGUCGCCCACAAGAAAAGCUGCGGUUUCUUUAAAGAGUUCCCCGGCACUCAAUAGGGAGACUAAUAAUUGUUACCAAUCUUUAUCAAUUGUACAGACAAGUCCACCAGUCAGAACUGCACUUUUUAAAAAAAUCCACAAUCUCUAUGUCAGACAAGAACACACCUCUCUUUCUCUUUUAUGUGUGUUCUAAAUAGUAAAAUUCUAGUAAGAGGCGACUGACUUAGACUUAGACAAACUUUAAUGAUCCACAAGGGAAAUUGUUCCACACAGUAGCUCAGUUACAAUGAUGGAAAGUGUAAGGAUGGAAAGGACAAUGCAGGUAUAAAUAGCGAUAUAAAUUAUAACAUAUAUACGUAAUAUUUACAUAAUAUAUGUACAGUAUAUUAUACAGUAUAUACUGAUAUAUUAUAUUAUAUUAUGUCUAUAUCAUAUAUACAAUAUAUAACAAUUACCAUGUACAAUAUUACAGUAUAUGUGACAGCUGCAGCAUAAAAUAGAGAGUAAAUCUAGCAGAAAAUAGAAAAUAGACAUUAAAAACAAAGACAAACACAAAGAGGAGUAGCUAACAAUAAAGUUAAUUCAGAUACGAUCUAUUCCACCUAUACAGCCCUCUAGAAAACCUCCAACACCCUUGUUUAUACACGCUGUAUACACAGGCACAUUCAUGAUUACAUGUAAUAUUUACAGUAUUUCGGUCAUUUUAAGCAUAACAAUAACACAUGACUUUCACAGACACAUAGCAACAGUAGCUAUCUGCAACAAAUUCUAGAUAGUAAAACAAUUCUAGUAAGAGGCGGCUAACAAUAGGGUUCAUUCAGAUGCAAUCUAUUCCACCUAUACAGCCCUCUAGAAAACCUCCAACACCCUUGUAUACACACGCUGUACACACAGGCACAUUCAUGAUUACAUGUAAUAUUUACAAUAUUUCGGUCAUUUUAAGCAUUACCAUAACACAUGACUUUCACAGACACAUACCAACAAUAGCUAUCCGCAACAAAAACAUAGAGAGCAGUAGAUGACUCCCCAUUAUCUGCAUUGUUAGCCUCCUUGUACCAGCAGUUUUUCACUAUUAAGAACAAAUAUAAAAGAGAACGGUGUGUUUUCCCGUCUCACCCUGCUUGGCACUCAGCAUCAAAGGUUGGAAUUGGGUGUGAACUCGCCAAAAUGAUUCCCGAGCGCGGCUACCGCUGCUGCUCACUGCUCCCCUCACCUCAACUAGGGGAUGGGUCAAAUGCAGAGGGUCAUUUCACCACACCUAGUGUGUGUGUGACUAUCAGUGGUACUUUAAGUUAACAUAAACAUUGUGGAUGAUGUCCCCCUUUAAAAGUUACCAUCUAAAAUCAGGGAUUUACAAAAGUCUGAUGUGCAACAGCUUGAGAAAGAUAAAGAAACCUUUUUUUUUUUCCAAAGCUACUUCAGUUAUGUGCAGGCUUUAGCAGCUUCUUUCUUCUUCAAUAUGCUUGUUAUAACUACGAGACGACGAGUUUCCUUUAGAGCAGGGGUGUCCAAAGUGCGGCUCGGGAGCCAUUUGCGGCCCGCAGGUCAUUUUUUAACGGCCCCACGGCACAUUUUAAAAAUACCAUUGGAAAAUAUUAAAAACAUAAAAAAUGGUAUAAAAGAGCAAACAGGUGAAAUGUAACAAGAAAAUGUUGCAAUGUUUACUCUAAUAACACAAAGCUGCCCUGCAGACUGUUUCUUUCUUUAAAAAAUAAUAAUGAAUCAAAAUCAAUGUCAUUAUGAAUUAUUGACCUAUUCAAGGCUCGAAUUACGUCACAUUAAAUAUUCCACUUUGAGAUAUUUUUUGGGGAAACUGUUGCAUAUUUUGUUUGCCAUAUAAAAAACUGAGCUGUUUUUUUUUAAAGAAGGGCCUCAAACGAACAAAAAAAAAACAUAAACAACAAUAAAAUUUAUAAUUGGCGGAUAGAUCUGAAGUUGAGAUUAUUGAGAUUAUUGUGUUAAAAGUAAACAGUAAAAAAAAAUUAUAAUUUAUUUUUUAACACUUUAAUGAGUAGGACCCUUUUGGAUCCCCAAUAAUGUUAGUGUGAUUUGUUUUUAAGUGUCAUUGCUCAAACAAUAAUAAUGAAUUAAAAUCAAUGGUGUUAUGAGUUAUUGACCUUUUUAAGGCUCCAAUUAUUAUAUAAUGUCAAAUAUUCCACUUAAAAAUGUUAUUGGGUGAAAAUAUUGCAUAUUUUGUGUUUUUUCCAUAAAAAACUGGGUUUUCUUUGACAAAAAAAGCAUACAAUUUAAAUCUUUAAAAACGUUAUAUUGACAGAUAGACCUAAUGUUUAUCCAGAGAUUUAAAUCUUGAAUAAUAAUAAAAAUAAUAAUACUGAAUAAUGACACAUUUUUUAUAUUUUUUUGACCAAAACCCUUUGGGGUACCCGGGAUCAAGCUUGAGUGGAGGCCUAAAUGUAUAUUUUUUAUACAUAUAUUGUAUUGGUUUUUUAAAUAAAAAAUAUCAAAAUGGCCCCUGCUUGCUUUGAUUUUUCAGUGUGCGGCCCUCAGUGGAAAAAGUUUGGACACCCCUGCUUUAGAGGAAGUAGGUACCUCAAAAAGCAGAAUAAAUGCAGACUACGAGAGUUAAUCUUUUUGAUUUAACUGUCAGAAGGUUGGUUGAAAUCUUGCAAGAUAUGUGUAGUAAUAACACAGAUUAUUGGGGAUUAUUUCUGAGUUUUAUACAACUUUUGGGUCACUUUUGCUUCAAGGUAACUGUUAAACGUGGGGUGGGGGAGGUAAAGAUCGAAAAACGAUCAUAUUUCCGACACUUUAAAGCCAUUUAAAAUAGUCCUGUCAAAUGAUAUAUCAUUUAAAAUCCGAUUAAUCGCACUUUUAAAUUGUGAUUCUUUGUACUUAACUAAAUGACUUGCUUACAUAACUUAAAUUAACUUUAAAAAUGACUAAUAUUUUGACACUAAUGCAAAUUGAAGGCAAGAUAAAUUGCCUGAUUAAUCUGCGUUUACACAUGACUAUGCAAUAAUGUUUUGGGAUUAAUCACUAACGAGUUAACUCGUUAAAUUUGACAGACCCUAUACAAAAUAAUGUUCGGGUUUACUCAGUAAAAGUUAGCAUCUUGCUUUAGCAACAGAAAUGUGCUUCCGUGACGCUGGUUGACUUCCGAGUUGUUCUCAUUUUAAAAUGUUUUUUCUCCCCGUUAGACAUAAUGUAGAGUCUAUUAAUUUGUUUCCCCAUUAUAUAAUCUUUAUUAACUAUGCAAUUUUUAAUGUAACUGUUUAAUAUUCUAACUGCCAAAGCAGCAUAAAUAGAUGUUAUCUAUACUGCAAAAUAGCUAUUAAAAAUAAGCUACUUUCAUCUAGGGGUGUACCGAGCCGAUAUUGAUAUUGAAUAUCGCUCCGAUAUUAGCAACGACAACAAAAACAAAUAACGGAUGAUAUCGGCUUGCAUCUAGAAUCUCUGAUACAGCAGUCAACAGCUAAAUGUCCUCCGGUAAACUCACAAGUUUAGGGAAGUAUUUUAUAAAAGGUAAACAUGGUUGGCUAUAAGCUACUAGGAGCUAGCAGCUACACAACAGCUAAGCAUACAAUAGCACACAAGCUAGACAUUACUUGUGCAAAGCUGGACAGCCAGUCAACAGCUAAAUGUCCUCCGAUAAACUCACAAGUUUAGGGAAGUCUUUCAUAAAAGGUAAACGUGGUUGGCUAUCAGCUACUGGGAGCUAGCAGCUACACAGCAGCUAAGCAUACAAUAGCACACAUGCUAGACAUUACUUGUGCAAAGCUGGACAGCCAGUCAACAGCUAAAUGUCCUCCGGUAAACUCACAAGUUUAGGGAAUUAUUUUAUAAAAUAUAAACAUGGUUGGCUAUAAGCUACUAGGAGUUAGCAGCUACACAGCAGCUAAGCAUACAAUAGCACACAAGCUAGACAUGUGCAAAGCUGGACAGCCAGUCAACAGCUGAAUGUCCUCCGAUAAACUCACAAGUUUAGGGAAGUCAUUUAUAAAAGAUAAACAUGGUUGGCUGUAAGCUACUAGGCGCUAGCAGCUACACAACAGCUGAGCAUACAAUAGCACACAAGCUAGAUGUGCAAAGCUGGACAGUCAGUCAACAGCUAAAUGUCCUCCGGUAAACUCACAAGUUUAGGGAAGUCAUUUAUAAAAGUUAAACAUGGUUGGCUAUAAGCUACUAGGAGCUAGCAGCUACACAACAGCUAAGCAUACAAUAGCACACAAGCUAGACGUGCAAAGCUGGACAGUCAGUCAAUAGCUAAAUGUCCUGUAAACUCACAAGUUUAGGGAAGUCAUUUAUAAAAGUUAAACAUGGUUGGCUAUAAGCUAUUAGGAGCUAGCAGCUACACAACAGCUAAGCAUACAAUAGCACACAAGCUAGACGUGCAAAGCUGGACAGUCAGUCAACAGCUAUAUGUCCUCCGGUAAACUCACAAGUUUAGGGAAGUCAUUUAUAAAAGUUAAACAUGGUUGGCUAUAAGCUACUAGGAGCUAGCAGCUACACAACAGCUAAGCAUACAAUAGCACACAUGCUAGACAUUACCUGUGCAAAGCUGGACAGCCGGCCAACAGCUAAAUGUCCUCCGGUAAACUCACAAGUUUAGGGAAGUCUUUUAUAAAAGGUAAACAUGGUUAACUAUAAGCUACUAGGAGCUAGCAGCUACACAGCAGCUAAGCAUUCAAUAGCGCACUAGCUAGACAUUCAUAAUAAGUGUCCAUAAUUGAACAAUAUUGCAGUUUAAAACAUGCCAUCUGUCAAUAUAAACAUGUGCCAAAUAAUUAUAUUUGGAAAUUAUACAUACAAAGCAGAAAGUAUUUACAACGUUUCCGCAUCAUUCAGUUUAAUGCGUCAUUAGCUUAAUGAAUUAUUGUGACCACCAGGAGUCGCCAAAACAACUACCAUCAUAAGAUUAGUGUUUGUCAUACCUAUUGUUUUCCGUUGUUUAACAUUUCACACUACAAAAUAAUAAAAGCAUGGAGUACGAUUGGUGCUGAUAUCGUAUCCGAUUGAUUUCGGCCAAUACUCAAGGCUCCAAUAUCGGUAGGGUAUCUGAAGUGGAAACGUUGUAAUGGGACACCCCUUUGCAGAUGUUCAGCUUCGAAGUUCUGUUUGACUUCUGAGGUGUUUUUUUCCCCUUAGAUUUUUUUGGUUGAACCCCAAAUAGUACUAUGUUGUGAAUGUCUACCAGAAACCAUAAGCUCUUUGAUUCCUUUCAUUACGGAAUCAUUUACUCUACAGGAUUGUGUACAUCAACUACUCGGUAUUUAUUUGUCUCUUAUGUCUCAUAGAGCAGUGUAUGCAGUACGUAAAGCUAUACAUCUAAAAAAUAUAUGUCUAUGUUAACUGUGAUGUAUUAGUGUCCAUAUGGAACAAUAAUGAACGAAUAAAGAU